UGCAAUGGAGUCAAACCUAAUUAAUGAACGAAUCACCCUGAUAACGAAACUGAAGGACGUCUUGGGAAAAACAGAAGACGGUCGUCAUCCCUUGAACAUCGUGUUCAUCGGCAUGCCGGGAUGUGGAAAGUCGUCGUUCAUCAAUUCCAUUGCAGCGUCUAUAGCAGAUGAUUAUUGGCGGGAAUAUGCCAUCAGCGGACAGGAAGGCAGUGGAACAGGGACGUCCAGACAAACUACGAUCCGGAUCAAAAGUUUUAAGGCAGCUGACUAUGUUACAUCAAAACGACUUCAGGGAUAUGCCUGUCCAACGCUGACAGACAUAUCUGGGUUUGGAGACGAAGAUUCCGAGAUUACUGAGGAAAUCCUCAGAUUAAUAUUUUAUGGCCAGUUACGAGAUAAUGAGAAUUUACAUUCUGUGUUUCGAUUCGGGAAGGAAAACGGCGUGACAGGAUUGCGGUCAAAAUAUGGGAAAGUGUACACAGAAGCCAGCAAUAAAGUAGAUCGCAUCAUCGUGGUUGCUUCGGCAACCCAACCUAUACCAAGAAAUCUUAUUCAGUCUGUAAUGAAAGCUGCACGAUCGCAAGGUGAUCAGUAUAAAAGAGAAGUCCCAGUUUUUGGAAACUUGACAAAGUUCGACGAAGUCGACGAAUCUAGUACAGAAUUCAAGGAUAUUAAACAGGGGUUCAUCGAAAGCCUGUCGCUGGUGGGUGCUAGUCACCGGUUUGCUCAGUGCGCCAACUAUUGUGACGAAAUUGACCCUUUAUCGACCCGGACAAACCAAACUCUGCCGGAUAUUGACGUCCCUAUCCUAAGAUUCAUGAAUGUGGUGUGUGGGCGUAACUACCAAGUCGCCAACCCGAACGAGGAUUACUGGAUGAUCAACUUUUUCAGUGGGGAAAGGUCCCAGCAAUUGGUUAAUGUUUUUUUUUGCAUAAUAAUAACUCUUUUUUCAAGUAUGAUUGUCCUUUCAUUAGGUCUUUUCACCAAAUAUAAAAAUAACUGUGACCGAAACGUUGAAGUGCGAAAGAUGGAGGACGCCAAUCUACAAGAAAGGACGCAACUGAUAGAUGACCUGAAAUUCAAGGUUGGAAGAUGCAAUAGACGUCCACUUAAUAUUGUAUUUAUUGGGACACCCGGAUGUGGAAAAUCCUCUUUCAUCAACUCCUUCGCUGCCGCCAUCGCAGAUAAGUGUUGGCAGGAAUUCGCCUUCAGUGGAGGGGGAGGACGUUUGUUGGGUGAUAACCAGACCACAGUUCGAAUGCAAUGCAUUGCAUCAGAGAAUUAUGUAACCUCGUCUAAUCUAAAGGACUGGUCUUUGCCUACUCUGAUAGACCUAACUGGAUUCCAAGAUGAAGACGAAGAAAUCACAUCGGACUUGCUUAGACUAAUAUUCUACGGAAAACUAAAGAAUUCAACCAACAUUCACAAAGUUUUUAGAUUUGGAAGGCGUUUUGGUGUAGAAGCUUUGCGUUGGCGGUAUGGUGUGUUUUCCACUGAAUGUCAUUUCAAGGUUGAUCGUGUUGUGUUCAUAGCCUCGGCGACAAGAGAAAUUCCUGUCUUUGGGGUGCUGACAGAGUAUGAUCUAGUAGUAGAAUCACAGACAGAGGAAUAUAAAGAAAGAAAAAGACGGUUUCAAGAAUUGCUGGCGCUAGGAGGCGCUUCACACAGAUUUCUGGAGUGUGCUAACUAUUGCGAUGACGUUGACCCAGCCAUGACCCGAACGCGCCAAAUUUUACCACAAAUUGACAUUCCUAUCCUGAAAUUUAUGAAUGUGGCAAGUGUGCGGGCAGAAUUAUGUCGUCGCAAAUUCGGAGGAAAGCUACCAUGA